GGGUCUCCAACGUACCAAAAGCCCUAGCUUAGGCCUUAGCUCAACAUUGUUUUACACUUUUACUUUAGCAUCAUCAUCAAAAGGUGGCAUUCAUCUUCUUCUCUCUCAUUCUAUACACCAUUAUUCAAACUCAUCUACUGCAAAAAACUGCGAGCUCUUUUGCAGCUAAUCCAUGGCGUAUGCGUCACAUUUCUUUCCGUUCGCCUUUGCUGCGUCAAGAUUUGCUUCUCUCUCUCCUCCACGACAUUCGAUUUUUGGAUAUGAUGCAAUUGUCAUGUUUGUUAAAGAUCUAGCCAUGAAUGUACAAGACUCUUGUCAACAGAUGAUUCAAGGUUCUCCUUCUGGAAGAAAUGGCUUCGACGAGGGUGAAGCACCUCGAGCAGUUUUUAAUGUGUUGGAUGGCAUUUUAAAAGACACCUUGGAUAGAUUGAAGACUAUAAGAGAAACUGUAUCAGUGCCUGAAACUAUAUUGGCAAAGAUCUCCACAACCAGUGAUUGUCGUGAACUUGAAACUAUUAUUAGGGUUUUGUGUUCGGAAGGUAAGUUAGAUGCUGCCCUUUGGCUUCGAAGCAAACUAAUCGCAAAGUCUUAUGUUCCUGAUGUGUUUACACACAAUUACCUGAUCAGUGCAUUUUGUAAAGUUGGAACUUUGGAGAAGGCUGAUUGUCUUAUUAGGGAGAUGUUAACUCAAGGUCCAUUGCCUAAUUGUGCAACAUUUAACACAUUUAUUAGGGGUUAUUGUGUAAAGGGUCAUGUAGACAAAGCUUUGUCUUUAUUUUCCUCAAUGGCUAACUGUGGAAUUAAGCCAAACAGGAUUACGUGUAAUAUACUUCUUCAUGCUUUAUGUAAAGAAGGUCUGGUGGAAGGUGCUCGGAAUUUCCUUGCAGAGAUUUUAAAUGAUGAAUUUGAGAGGACACCUAUUGAUUUAAUUACGUCUACCAUACUAAUGGAUAUGUAUUUUAAGAAUAGAGAUGUUGCUGAAGCUCUUCAUCAUUGGACAAAAAUGUUGCAAGAGGGUACACAAAUAGAUGUUGUUGCAUUUAAUGUUCUUAUACAUGGUUUUUGCUCAAAUCAGGAAAUAAAACUUGCAUUUAGUUGUUUUGGGGAAAUGAUAAAGAGAGGACUACAACCUGAUGUAUUCACUUGUAAUACCUUUAUAAGUUACUUCCGUAAAGCUGGAACAUUUGACGAAGCAUUGAAUGUGCUUGGCUUGAUGCUUGAUAUGGGAGUGGCCCCUGAUCAAAUCACUUAUAAGAUGAUUGUUCAAGGCCUUUGCUUACGUGGAGAGGUUGAUAAGGCAGCAAAGCUACUGUGCUCUAUAUUAGAGUUUUCCACUGUCCCAGAGCCUAUUAUUUGGAAUGCCAUUAUAUAUGGUUAUGGAAAAUAUGGAGACACAAAUAAUGCAUUGUUAAUAAGAGAGAAGAUGGUUGCUUUUGGCGUUCCUCCUAAUACUUAUACCUAUAAUGCAAUAAUUUAUGCCUUAUUGAAGGAAGGUGAUAUCAAUGGUGCUCUGUCUCUGAAAAGAGAAAUGGAUCAAAGAGGUCCUUUUCCUGAUUUAGUGACUUACAAUAUGUUGGUGAGUGCCACUUGUAAUCUUGGGCGGCUCCACUUUGCAGUUCAGUUACAUGAAGAAAUGCUUAGGACAGGGUACCUUCCAGAUGUUAUGACUUACACAGAGCUGAUAAAAGGUUAUUGCUUGAAGGGUCAAUUUAAGGAGGCAGAAGAAAUAUAUGUUAGGAUAUGGAGUUCUAGCCUCCAAGUUGAUCAUGUCCCAUGCCAAAUUUUGGUUAAAAGGUACUGCAGAGCUGAGGGGAUUAAGCAGUCUCUUAUCCUCUUUGAAAAUCUAUUAAUUGGGUAGGAAUGAUCAUAUCUGAAGCAGGAGCUUGAUAGUGCUUAGUGCAUCUGGAGAGUAUGCAAGAAACCUUUAGAACUGGGUAUAUUAUGCAUUAUCAUCUUGGACUACUUUGACUUGAAAAUAAAGAUGGCUUUGGCCUCGAUGAUUAGCUUUCAAAUUUAUAAAUGGGUUGGAAAGUGACUGAAGCUGAUGGGAAUGAAUGAUGAUGAAUGCUGCUUCUAAUGAAAGCACGUUGUAUUGUAAGCCAAUCAAAUUUCAACAAAUCCCAAUGUUAUCAAACACUUUGUAACUUAUGGGUUAUUAGUUACUCUGUCCAAAGAAUGCUUACUACCACUGCAUCUGUUGAUUAUUGCAACUGAGAAGUUUGCAUUGUUUCAUGUUGAGGGCUAAGAGGGCCAUCGCCGACCUUGGACUCUCAGUAGCUUCACCUUAACACCUAUGCUGCAAGGACAGAAGAGGACUCUGUAGAGCACAGGAGGUCAAUAACUGAACAUGAAAUUCAAAUUAAAUAGGGUAAGUUAAAAUACAUUGCAAUGUGGCCUCUUCCUUGUUUAUAUGCCCUUGUUCAAGAAUGACUUUUGAAUGCCAACAACUACUGACUUCAAACUGCUGUCUGCUUCGUACAGCUCGUUAACCAGAUUCGUUGCUGGACUGCAUUGUGAGCCAUACUGUGCAUUUAUUCUGCAAUGUCAAGGCCACAGUAAUAUACAUCUACCUUGUUCACUGGAUUAGAUUUCAAACAUGAUUCAAAAUGAAGAAUUGCUGGGAUUUUACAAAAGGGUGAGCACGAACAUAGUACAGAGUGGUUUCACUGCCUCUGUUGGAUUUCAUGGUCAAGGAAGAGCUUGUCAAACUUUUACAUUUCCAACAGAGAAGAGUAUCGAGAUUUGACUUAAUGCACUAAGAUGAUUCCAGUAGGGGUGGCUGCUAAAUACGAAAACUGGAACUUGAAAUAGGGUGAAAUAUUGAGUAUAUAAUUUUAUUAUUGUGAAUCAAGAAGCAUUUAUCUAGCUUGAUAAAUGGUGAAAGUUGGUUUGAGUUAUAAUUGUGAAUAUUGGCUACAUCAGGUUUGCUUGUAAUCAUCUAAGCCUUGACCGUUAUGGUUUUUGGGCUCACUUGUGCUGCGAGGGAUGAUAAAUCACUAUCGGAUAAGUGGAUUGACAAUCUACUAUCCAUGGUAAAAGUGUAAUUUCUUGAGAGAAAAAGUGAACAGAUGAAAUAUUAUACAUUUUGUCAGAAA